UUAAAACUGUAGCAGAACAGAGCAUUGAGGUUAUAGCAUUGUUGUACUUUCUAUUAUGUCUAAUAAAGGACAAACAUUCUGGCCAGCUAUCAAUCAAUAUCUUUCACACAUUUAUGUUCAUAGCACUUGAGCUUACCCUAAAAACUGUAACUGUAUUAUACUCAUCAUGGUUAUUUCAAAUGGAUUUCUUAUUUCAGUAAAAUAUUCCUACUUAUUAGCAGCACAUUGCUAGCACCUACUGGACUACAGACAAACAAAGUGUAACUAAUUCCUCCCAGUGACCUAAGUGGGGUCAAAGGUUGCAGAUUUGACCCUUCUUUACCCCAGUAUCAACCAUGCUGGACUGUUCCAGUAGACAUGCAGCUAUUACAACUAAAGGAAUCAUGACAUAGUAACCAUAGUCAUUUGAAUGGGAUAGUUUAGAUUGGAGAUUCAAGAUGAAGAAGAGACUGAAGAUGGUGAUUUUAAUUGCUGUAGCCUUGUGUUUGCUUGUCCUGUGGUUCAGACUAGAUUCUGGAACACCUUCUCACAGAACAGGAAGAUGGAACGUGCUCCAAGCAACAGUUGGCACCAUCCACCGUCUGGGAGGCAAUGUUUAUAUCAACGACAAACAUUACGACAUAGAGGGACGUGCCAUUAUGCAGGGAGGGGACGUAGGAUCCAUCAAAGUCGAAGCAGGAUGGCACAAGUCGGAACACAAGGAGCAACUACCUGAACUCAAAGUCAAGGUUAAAGGGGGCAAACAAAACUCAUUUCCACAACACUUUACUAACCACAAAUACGGUGAAGGGUUUCCAGAUUUUGAUGUGUACAGUCUGCCACUGGGUGAUACCAUCAGUGAGGAUGGUAGGGAGGGACAGGUAGCAACUGACAAGGAGAAGGCUUGGUUAGAACAAGUGGAGAGAAUCCUAAAUGGGGACGAAUUUGACCAUCCUUUUAUUUGGAAUGGGUUUGAGAAUGACUCCCAACAUGGCACCAGACACAAAGAUGAGGAAGACCAGCCGAGCUGCCUUCAGGACAACCCUAAACAGUUCUCCUUGUCUCGCCUGGUCAACAGCUUUAAGAGCGUGAUGACAAAGGGUGGGGAAAUUGACACAACGAAAUAUGCAAAUUCCCAGUCCGAACUCAUGAAGCUCUUGGAGAUGCUCGGCACAGUUUUCUCUUUCGUUACUUCGGAUGCGAAAUCGAAGAUCGAGAUUCUGGAAGCUUACCGGGCGUCCGAGCAGGGCGAACACUACGCCACCAUCGAGUCCAUGCUGCAAUACGAGAAGGACACGGGGAUCGUCCUGGACAACAAGAAACCGUCCGGCGCGAGGACGCUCUUACGCCUCCACCGCGCCCUCAAGUUCAUCAUGGAGUUCCUGAACAGGAUGGGGAAGAGCACGUCGGACGCCAAGGUCUCCACUCUGGCGUACGAGUGCUACCACGAGACGCUGGCGAACUACCACGUGUGGAUCGUGCGGAAGGCGGCGGGGAUGGCGUUCUACACGCUGCCCACCAGGAAGAACUUCCUGGAGAAGUUGUGUAAGGAGGAAGAGGACGUGGUGCUGGGGCUGGUCUCCGAACUCGCCGCCACGGUCCUUCCCGUGUACGAGCAGACGGAGGAGCUGUACACCAAAUUUGACUUCCAUGAGUUACCUUGAUUCUGUUCACCUCUUUGUGUUGGACCCAGUAACGUUCAUGCCAGGCUUCACAUAGCCUGCAAAAUUCUUCAGUGGGGUUUUAGCU